AUGUCAGUCAAAGUCAACGUCGAAAACUUGAGUCUUCGGAUUAGGGCCACUCCCCUGACACAAGAGGAAUUCGCACCAUUUGGAGAUGUUGUCUCCAACCCACGACCAAGUCUUCUUCCAUCAAAACACGCAUCUGAAGGUGGUUCACUCCCGUACAACGGCACCACUGCCAAUCAAGGAACAGCAAUUCGCUAUGCCGAUGUCAGCAAGCCUCAGGAUCUCCUCUCACAGGCUCCUAGCAGCAAUAGCCGAUUGAUCAUGAGCCAAUUCGUCUGCGAAGCGAGAACUUUGGCACCUGCAAGCGAUGAUGCUUCACAGAACGAGUUUGCCGUCAACAUUCUUGAACGACACCCAUUCACUUCUCAAACUUUUGCUCCCUUGGCCUCUACCGCUUCAAGCUACUUGAUCAUCGUGGCCCCAUCGCUGCCCCCAUCUCCCCAAGAUGAUGGUCUACCUGUACCAAGUGGAGAGGGUCUACCCGGUAGAGGUCUCCCUGAUCUGAAGGGGUUGCGUGCGUUUGUAGCAACAGACCGCCAAGCUGUGACUUAUGCGGCUGGGACAUGGCACGCUCCAAUGGUAGCUCUCGGUAAGAAGGAGACAACGUUGGAUUUCCUGGUUAUUCAGUUCUCCUCUGGGGUUGAUAUCCAAGACUGUCAGAUCGUCACAUUCGAGGGGCAAGACUCCAAGGAACCUGACAUUAAAGUGCGCGUCCCGCGAGGCGGAAGAUCAGGGCCAUUCGUCAAUCAAUCUAUCGUCUUUGUAGAAUCUGGGGGGAACAUUGCAAAUCAGUUGACAGUUGCAACAAGCUCCAAAAUGGUAGCCCGAUUUGAAGCUGCCGAGGCUCGCAACAAGCUGGAGGAUCUCUCUGGAAUCCAACUUGAGCCAGGCGAGAACCCAUACAACGCCCUCAUCAAGGCCUGCAACAACGAACCUGCUGAGAUCCAAACUUUGUACUCUGUCCAUCGGACAAAGAGAAAUGGCCAACAGGUGGAGAAGUUUUUGUCCUCUGACUUCAAGGAACUGGUCAUUGACCAGACACUCCUGCGGCUUGAAGACCCGACUGUGGAGCCGGGCUUCCGUGACAAUAGGAACUGUUUGGUCAUCUGGGCCAGACCCCCAGACCACGUUAUCCGAUUAGCCUCCAAGGUCAAUGAGUUACUCAAGAAGGCCGCACCUAGCGUCUGGCUUAUGCCCUCGCAUAGGAUGCAUCUGACAACCCUCGAGGUUGCAUUCUCCAAAACACCCCAGGAGAUUGCUGCUUUCGUAUCGACUCUGAGGCCAGCUAUCCCUGACAUUGUGAACUACCCAUAUCAUCACAGGUCUCGCCUUGUUAAGCCUAUGGUUUCUUAUGAUUUGUCUGCUUUUGCCCUCUCGUUCCUCCCUGCGUCAGGUGAAGCAACACUCUCCCCUCCUCUCACCGAACCUGUUGUCACAGAGGGGGUCAUACAGGGAGACGACUACACAUAUCAUCAUCUACGUCGCGAUGUGUACGACAAGGUGCAGGAGAGUGGUGUGGUUGUUGGAUCAAGAUAUCAAGUCCCCAGUGCACACAUCACGCUUGGACGCUAUCUGAACCACGAUGACCAUGACACGCCAGAGAAGAGGGCAGCCUGGGUUCAGGCUAUUGAUGAGGUCAAUGCAUGGCUAGAGAAGGAGGUCUGGGAUAAUCCAGACUCCGAGUAUAAUGCCGGCGAGUGGCUAAUCGGUCAUGAGAGAGGACUGGAUGCACGAAAUGGCACACUCUGGUAUGGAGGCGGCAAGACUAUAAUGCUGGGGGAAGGAUUUUAG